CGAUUAUCACGACCGUGUUUUCGUUUUGCAUUGGUGCCAUAAUUAGAAAGAAAAGUCACGCACGAUCAGCAAAAACAACACGACGCAGACCGCAGCGCUCUCCUUCUGUGCAGCACAAGUUCAUCUACAUCUGCGCAAAGAGAAGAUAAGUCGGAAUCUUUUUGCUUGAAAAGAACAGACAAAAAAACACCAUGUCCCAGACGAUCGGAUCUAUCGAGAAGGUCGCCGGGCCCCUUGUGGUCGCCGGCGGCAUGUCCGGUUGUAAGAUGUUUGAGCUAGUGCGGGUCGGUAUCCACUGCAAAUAUGCCUGGGUCUGGAAGAGUCGAAGGUUUGUCAUGCAGGUCUUCGAUGCCCCAUGAGCUCGGGAAUGCAGGGCCUCGCAUGACAGAUUCUCUGAGGUGCUUCUCAUGCCUGUUCUAGACGAUAGACUCCUUCUCACCCUGACCAAAACUGGCAACUCUUGGCAGUCACGCAAGACAGAUUUUUGUGUGACCCACAACAUGCAUCACAAGUCUGAGCUCUUCUAGACCCAGACGUCUUUGCACUGGAUAGUCGGGAAAGAGAAGCUGAUCGGGGAAGUCAUUCGGCUGGAGUUGGACACAGCCUCCGUGCAGGUACAAAAAACUGGAAUCGGAAUUGUUGCGUUCUGGCACGCAUGACAAAUUCGAGUCUCUUCCAACGGUUCCAUGCAUCAACAUCAUCAUGCGGGACAUUAUACUAGUUUCUCGUGAUGUACUAGCUACAUGCAUGAAAAGCUGCACGACAUCAAAAAACCUCUACAGGUCUACGAAGACACCGCGGGUCUGACGGUUGGCGACCCGGUGUACGGCACGGGUUCCUCGCUCUCCCUCGAACUCGGACCGGGGAUCUUAAACGACAUCUACGACGGCAUCCAGCGGCCGUUGGAGCGCAUCAUGAACGAUACCGGGUCCGUGUUCAUCAAGCGCGGUGUGGAAGUGGACAACCUGAACCGGGCCAAGUCCUGGGAGUUCCGCCCCUUCCCAGGGAUCAAGGUCGGGGACAUGCUCACGGGUGGGGACAUCUUCGGCAUUGUCCGGGAGAACGGGCUGUUCCGGGAGCACCGAAUCAUGAUCCCGCCGAAGUCGCAGGGCCGCGUGGCGCAAAUCAUGGGCGCGGGGAAUUACAAGGUGCUGGACACCCUGCUGGUGUUGGAUACCCCGGAUGGAAAGAAGGAGCAGCUACGCAAGAUAGAUUUUUUCCUGCACACGACGGACUUUCACGUAGAAGUACAAGAAAACGUCGCAUGACAAAGUUGUUUCCCAACUCAAUAAAGCAUGUUGUCACUUGUGAUGCAGAAUCGGACUGGAGAAAGGUUGUGUCAUGCGGAAACAGCAUGUGUACGACUACGAGCAAGGAAGUCGCGUACGGGAGGAAAUUUACUGUGGAUAGCAUCUGCAGAUGAUGCACAAGUGGCCCAUCCGUGAACCCCGCCCGACCAAGGAGAAGCUGCGUGGUAUGUUUUUUUGUGAUGCGAUCUCAAUCUCUCUCCCUUGUUUGUAAUGCACGACUGCAUGAUAAUCGUUUCUCUUGCUGAGGGAGAACAAGCUCGAUCUUCCCUGGUUCGUUUUGCAGCAAAUGAGCUUUGUCAUGCAUUUGAAGAAGGUAGUAGCUUGCGACGUUGGUGAUUUCCCAUCACACCUGAAACACGCAAAAAAAACCCUUACCAGGUGAAGUUGCGAUGCUGACGUGCCAGCGGGUGUGCGACGCGCUGUUCCCGAUGACGCUAGGUGGUACUGCGGCCGUCCCCGGGGCCUUUGGCUGUGGAAAGACCGUGAUUUCCCAGGCGCUUUCGAAAUACUCGAACACAGGUAGGCUUUUCGAAAUUUCAUGUUCAUCAUAUCAAAAUCAACAUCAAGAACAUGCCUUUUUUCCGUAGUAGUUCACAGGUACUUCUACUACUUACAACAUCCCCGCAGUCGUAAAAGACGACCUCUUGACCGUUUUUCAUCAGUCGCUUGUACUAUCACAAUUCACCGUCAGAUGUCGUGGUGUACGUGGGGUGCGGCGAGCGCGGUAACGAGAUGGCCGAGGUGCUGUGCGAUUUCCCCGAGCUUACCACCCUGAUCGAGGGGAAAGAGGAGGAGAUUAUGCAGCGAACCACCCUCGUGGCCAACACUUCGAACAUGCCGGUCGCGGCCCGAGAGGCGUCCAUCUACACCGGAGUCACUACGGCGGAGUACUUCCGUGACCAGGGCUUCAACGUGGGUAUGAUGGCGGACUCCACCUCCCGAUGGGCCGAGGCGCUGCGUGAGAUGGCCGGGCGAUUGGGGGAAAUGCCGGCCGACAGCGGGUACCCGGCCUACCUCGGGGCCAGGUUAGCGUCCUUCUACGAGCGGUCCGGGCGGUAUGGAUGUGUCAGAGUUGAAAUCGACAAAGUUGAAAUAACUUGCAAUGCAUAAAAUCGAUGCCAGUUGCAAGCCCAAUUUCUAAGCGGAGCAUGACAAAUUUGAGUAGAGCCGAAGUCCAGUUUGUAAUGCUGUUUGGAUAAGGAAGACGCCUCUUGUCAUGCUACUUCAGCAGCUCUAUUUCUAUUCCGAAACAGGCUUACAAUCUGCCUCCCUUGCCUACUCUGCAAGACAGGCGUUUUCUGCGUUGCAUUUUAUGCAUUACAAGUUAUUUCAACUUUGUCGAUUUCAACUCUGACACAUCCAUAGGCGGGUGAACUGCAUCGGGACGCCAGACCGGGAAGGCUCCGUGUCCAUAUGAAGGCCUCAGAAUGGAAAUCCUCAAAGUGGAAAUAAUUUGUGAUGCGUGAAAUGUAAGGCAAAAAAGACUGUAUUGCAGAGGACACAAUGGAGGCCGACCAUUGUCCUGCUAGGGGUGAAGAGUUGGAGUGUUGCUUAGCACGAGAGAAGGGCACCCCUUUGCCUCAACCUGCAUGACAGACAUGCUUUAAGGGCCCAGGAAAUUUGUCAUGCGCCGACUACAAAUGGCGCUUCAACUGGACUCGUUUUUUUGCAUUACAAAUUAUUUCCACUUUGAGGAUUUCCAACCUGAGGCCGUCAUAGUCCAUCGUCGGCGCCGUGUCCCCACCGGGUGGUGAUAUGACGGAUCCGGUUACGAGCGCGACGCUUUCCAUCGUGCAGGUGUUUUGGGGGCUGUCAAAGAAGCUGGCGCAGAGGAAACACUUCCCGUCGCUGGACUGGACGAUCAGCUUCUCCAAGUACGUUUUGAUUUUUUUAUUCCUCGUAGUCAAACCUGCUGUCAUCAUGCAGCUUCUCCUCAUCUUCCACUCAAAUUGUCACGCAAAAAAUCACCCGGGGAGACCCAUUUUAUUGGUGUUGAUAGGUUUACAUCCAUUAUUGCAGCGACUCUACUGUCAUUCCCACUGCUGAUCAGGUACGUCCGCAUCCUGUGUCCCUUCUUCGAGGCCAACUACGAUCCGGAGUACGGUCGUUUGGUACAGACCUUCAAGGAAAUUCUCCAGAAGGAAGACGACUUGCAGGAGAUCGUGCAGUUGGUCGGGAAGGAUUCUCUGUCCGAGGAUCAGAAGUGCACCUUGGAGGUGGCUAAGAUCAUUCGUGAGGAUUUCUUGCAGCAGAACGGUUUCUCCGACUACGACUUCAUGUGCCCCCUGGCGAAGACCAUCGGUAUGAUGAAGGUCAUCGCAUUGUUCCACGACACCGCACAGAAGAUGAUCGUGGAGUCAACCGGAGACAAGAAGAUCACCUGGGGUAUCAAGAAUAUUUCUGAACGAGGGCUGUUGAUGUAUGAUGUCUUUCGAGCACGGGCCAUCAACCGUAACCGCUGCAUACGUACACAGCUCAGUCGUGCAAGUAGAGUGCAUUGUUCUUUGCUUUCAAGAUCAUUUUCAUCAUCGACCGCUUUUUUCUUUGUGAAUAAAACGUAUCCAAAUCACAAUUUUUUCCAGGUCUGAUCUACACCGUGAUGAGGGAACAGAUCGUGAAGAUCACAAACAUGAAGUUCGAGUUGCCCCGGCAGCCGGACCAGCACUUCAAGCUAUGCAAGACAAAUAUCAUGCCGCCGUCCCUACUCUUGCUCAGCGAAGUAACUUGCAGAACCUUGUCGUGGAGAAAACAUAUGCCCCAAGGGCUUUGUGAUGCAGAAUGAGAGAUAACUCUGAGCCGGGUGACGGCGGGCAUCAUGAUUUUUCUCGUGCAUACAAGACCGUCUACGGACAGCUGGUUACGGAGUUGGAGACCUCCUUUGCCAACCUCGGCGACCAUGUGUAAGUGUAAGUACAUCAAGGUAAAGUCUCAUCCGACCUUUUAUUUUAGAGUCGUUUUUAGCUUUAGGUCAUCAACAUAUACGAGCUAGAUUGGAGGAGGACUUCGUUGUUCAAAGUUUUUCAACGCUUCGAGCUAUGGUUGUGGAUGGUUGUGUAUCCUGUGCAAAAGUAUCGUACUCGUAGUAAUUGCACUCAUGCAUUACAAGUUUUUUUCUCAAGGUAAAUCUAAAUCCGCAUUACAAAUUCUAUUUCUCAUGCUGAGAGAAUUUGUCACGCAUUUAUACGAGUGCGAUACUUUUGCAAUGCAUAUUGUGAGUCUGUCUCUGUUCUUUCUACUUCACGUCCAACAUGCCAAACAAUUAUUUGAAGCACAUGUACUAUCCAACUGUUCUUCUCCGAAAGUAACACACGACUAGGACUACGUACCAACGCGAUUUACAACUGUAGUUGUGCGUUGUGGUUUCUACUUCGGUUUCGGGUUUAUUGCUGCUUCUCCUUGUAUUUUUCCGUGGGAACAAGCAAAAAUACCACACAAUGAUCUCUCGCUGCGUUGCGGUUGCGUGGUGUGUGACAGAAAACAAAAAAAUAUCCUAUGUGCAGCCCAAGAUAGAUUCCAAAAGAGAAAAAUUCGAGAAAGUAAAGUCUUUUUCACUCGAGGAUCAUUGUUACUCAGUAAUGACAAAUUUGUUGACGAAGCGGAGAGCACUCCUGCUUAAGGCACAACUUCAAGCCAAAUCAAAACUUCUUCUUCUACUUACUUCACAUCUUCUUACUUCUUAUUUUUACACACCGAAUACUUAGAAUGGUUGAUUGAGUUUGACAUUGUGGCGAGUUGAUCUAGCGUUCAAAUAUCAUGCUCGUCUAUAAUAUAAAAAAAGCGAUGGUUUUUGUGUGGACCUGAAAAUAGUAGAAUAACUUCAACAAAAGGUGUUGACGAAUCAGAAGCGGAAUAUUAGCUUUCUGGUGAAGCAACUACAUGGUACGAUUGAAUUUAGAAUUCUGGGACAAGGAUAGAAUUAUGGAUGGAAUGUUUCAAAUACAACACAGGCGCGCACAACUAUCGUCUUUGCUCUUGAUUUUAGCAAGUGUAGGUGAAAGAACGCAUCCUGUCUAAAGAUGACAGCUCAGUAGUGUCGGACUCGGUUGCAUUCUUCGAAAUAUAAAUAUUUUCGUCGUUCUUUGAAUGAUUUUUCGGAGGGAUUUACGACGCAGAUGAGAGGAAGAACCAAAAUGCAGUUGGAGGGAGGUACUAGUUGACGCAUGCGAGCUCUCCAUUUGAC